UGCAGGUUGGUUCAACAAAUUUGGACAUAGCUAGCCGGCUAAGGUGUAUUUCGGACACUUUGCAAUGGGAAAAGGUAAAAAGAAAGUCGUGACCGUCACAAAAGUUAAACCUGAAGACGCCUCCGACAUCAAAGAAAAGGAGACAAAAGAAAACCAUCCAAAAAUGAACGGGGAGAGUCCAUGUAAUGGUCAAACUACGAUACUCAAUUACUUGAGUCCCGGCAAGCCCCGUGCUCCCCUCCAUGAUAACUCCGUCUCGCUCCACCAUGAAGGAAAGUUGCCUCCAAAGCGCACUGACCAGAAUGAUACCAAGAAGAAAGGAGAAGCCAGACUUGAUGGGCAUGCAAAGACCGAACUUGCCACGCUGGAGGAGGAGGGCAGCCCAUGCCCCCCAAGUCAGACUGAAGUGCAGGCCAGUCCACGCCACAGUGAGGCAGCCUGCUUGGACUCUACUGCAGCCCCCAAGCUAGAUAACAAUGGCACCCACCGCCCCAACAAGGGUAGAGGGACCCACCGCAAGGCCAAAGAGAAGUCUACACAGAAACCAACAGAAAGCAACCAUUCCCAGAACAGAAAAGUGACAGACUACUAUCCAAUCAGAAGAAGCUCCAGGAAAAGUAAAGCUGAACUGAAGUGCGAAGAACAGCAGCGCAUUGAUGAUUUGAUACAAAAAGGGAUUGAAGAUGGACUGCAGGUUAAAUACAUCGAAGAGAAGGGAAGAGGGGUGUUUGCGACCAGAAGCUUCCAGAAAGGACAGUUCGUAGUGGAGUACCAUGGAGAUCUCUUGCAUAUCAAGGAUGCUAAGAAAAGAGAAGUGGAAUAUGCACAAAACCCUGCUACUGGCUGCUACAUGUACUACUUCCAGUAUCUCAGCAAAACAUACUGUGUGGAUGCAACUAAAGAAACCAAUCGCUUGGGAAGACUGAUUAACCACAGUAAAAAUGGCAACUGCCAGACCAAACUUCAUGACAUAAAUGGAAUACCUCAUCUUAUUCUGGUGGCUUCCAGAGACAUUGAAGAGGGGGAGGAGCUGCUGUAUGAUUACGGUGACCGCAGCAAAGCUUCCAUCGCAGCCCACCCCUGGCUCAAAUAUUGA